AUGCCCUGCUACGAACGCGCAUUAAUCGAACACUUCUCCCUCUUGGAGACGCAAAUUGUCUCCUUCCUCCAAUCACGCCCCAGCUUCGCCCAAGACGCUGUCCUUUUCGAAGAGCGCAUCUCCAAAAUCCCAAUCCGGAUAGACUUCACCACACUAAAAGAAGCAAAAGAAACAUUCAUAUUGAUAAUGAACACGGCAAUGAACUUAUCUACCCGCGCCAAAAACAGCCUCGUUUUCAACACAGAAGACGAAUCCGAACGCGACGAAAACGGUCUCUUCCGCUAUCGCGAUACGUAUAAUGCGUCUAUGCAGUUUUCUGCGAUCCCGAGAACUCUUACGGAGGAAUGCCAGCUCGCGCUCACGCAGUGGAUGCAUGCUUUUGAUGCUUUGCAUCGUCGGACAAGAGCCAAUCUCUGUUCAGGAGACGGUGUCGACGCCUGUCCUGUGCCUGGGGUAUACGGUGCUUUACACGCUUUUCGCAUGCGACUUCUCGAAGGGCAAGAUGGUAUACGAUGUGUAUGUCCAGGACUUUGA